UAACGGUGAAGGUCAUUGUUGCUAGACUGUAACUUAUCCAUGGGGUUGUUUACCAUCCUAAAGAAACUUAAGCAGAAAGAAAAGGAAGUCAGAAUAUUGAUACUAGGAUUAGACAAUGCUGGUAAAACAACGAUUGUAAAAAAAUUCAACGGUGAAGAUAUCAAUAGUAUUUCACCAACUUUAGGUUUUAGUAUUCAAACAUUAGAACAUAUGGGUUUUAAAUUAAAUAUAUGGGAUGUUGGUGGACAAAAAUCUUUACGGUCAUAUUGGCGUAAUUAUUUUGAAACUACAGAUGCUUUAAUAUGGGUUGUGGAUAGUUCCGAUCGUUUACGUUUAGAAGAUUGUCGAAUUGAAUUAUCGAAGCUAUUAGUUGAAGAACGUUUAGCCGGUGCUACUCUACUUGUAUUUGCUAAUAAACAAGAUUUAUCUGCAUCAUUGAAACCAGCACAAAUACGUGAAUUAUUACAUUUAGACGAAAUAACAACACAUCAUUGGUUAAUUCUUGGUUGUAGUGCAGUUACUGGAGAGAAUUUAUUAGAAGGUAUCAAUUGGUUACUGAAAGAUGUCUCUUCUCGAAUAUUCUCAUCAGAUUAAUUAAAUUUACUGCUGCUGUUGUUGUUGUUAUUGGUAUUGAAGUUUAGUCUCCCUUGCUAUUCGAGAAUUCAACAUCGUUUAUUAUAUAUUAAUUUUUUCUUACAUAAAACUAACAUUGAUUGUGUUAUGUAUGAUUUUAAUGCCUAAAUAAACUCAUUCAUUAUACGAUAAUUGACAAUGUACAUUUGAUUUAUGCUUGUAAAUAUAUAUAUAUGUAUUAAUUAACGUUUAAGUUAUUAUAAGUUUUGAAUACUGGGACUGUGGUGCGAGCUACUUAU